GCGCGGGGAGCAGCGUCGCGCCUUCCUUCGCUGUCCGGAAACAUCUUCUGGGCAGCAGUAGAUGGGAAAGGCUCGCCCAGCCGUGUACUGAGCGGGGAAAGCGAUUCUUUUCCGCUGCUUUCUGUGUGGAUCGCGGUGCAAGAGUGCAGGGGGAAAAAGCCUUCUUUACCUUGUCCCGGUCAAAGAUAGCUUUCAUGUUCAUUCUUAUCUCUCCUUCCUUCCUUCCUCUUCGCUUUCUUCUGUAUAAUGUGUUGUGCCCUUUCGCAGAGGGCUGAGAGAAAGAAGGGUGGAACUUGAAUUGGAAUGAGGCAGGAUAGUUACACAGUUGAGGAGAAGGCACAAACCACAACACUUGAAAGAAAUAAAUAAAUUUAUAGCAUCUGAAAUUGUUGGAGAUACAGCUGGGGAUUUCUGCCAUGGCUGCUGAGCUGGACUUCUCACCCCCUGAAAUUCCAGAGCCUACGUUCAUGGAGAAAGUCUUGCACUAUGGCCUCUUCUUUGGUGCCAUUUUCCAGCUCAUUUGUAUAUUGGCCAUAAUCCUUCCAAUUCCCAAGACGCAUAAAAUGGAUACUGAAAGCUUUGAGAUGAAGACUGCAGAAGUAAUAAAGAAACCCAAAACUGUUGCUGCAUCAGUGAGCAAGAAGCCUAAGAAAGAAACCAAGAAGAAACGGUAAAACAGCUUCAUGGCAGAAAUGAUCGAGGCAGUUUCUGGAACCAUCAAGCUUUGUUGAAGACAACCAGGGUGAAAAACAACAGACUUAGGAUCAAGCUGUGCUUGAGGAAGUACUAAAAUGACUUGAGGGUGAUUGUUUCAUCUGCUCCGUUGUAAAUACCUGUAAGGCUCACUGAAUUUCUCCACUUAGGAUGAAAAAUUUAGCAGUUACCAGAGUGGACAGAGAAUAGGUCACCUCCUUUGUAUCUUUAAGAUGUGAAACGCAACUCCCAUGAAAGAGGACUGGACCAUAAGUGUGGCUCCACAAAAUGCUUUUUCCCCUGUGGUAUUGCAUGGUUACACACUACAGCUUCUUAUUUUGUAAGUUUUUUAAUGUGCCUAAUAAGCCUCUUUUUAUAACCCAGUUGUUUUCAUUUGUUUUGUUGUUUAAAGGGCUCAUCAUUCUUGCAUUUGGCUUUCCUUGAAUAAGCUUAACUGUCAUCCUCUGCCGCAGCUUUCCCCAAGCUGGUUCACUGCUACAAAUCCUAUCAUCCCAGUCACCAUGGCCAGUGGUGAUCCAACAAGUCUGGGAAAGUCUGCCCUAUUGUUUAUGCAAAAUUACAUAAGUAACAAUUAUUUUCUAUGUUUUGAAAUGUAUUUCAUAGUUGUUCUUAUUCAAGUACCAUGUGGGCUAAGUGAACAUUAAUUCAUACUCAGUGAACAUUAAAAUUAUUUGCUUGCAUACAAAUGAAUCCCACAGUAAGGGCAACAAUGCAACCCUAUACCUUUGUCUAAUUACCAUGAUUCCAUCUUACUCAAUCACAUGGCCUCCAUUGCUCUCUCUGAUAGUGAAUUCAGGUACUAAGUUACAGUGGCCAAAGCCACAUACAAGUCAGAUUAUCAUCAUGUUUUGGGGGUGGGGACCCCAAGGUUUGCAGAAGUAGAAAAUUCCUUUAUAACCCCCCCCUGCCAAAGAAGCCAUCCCACCCCCAGUAAAUUAGCCAUAUGAGGAGAGCACGGUCUGACACUGCGCCGCACUGCAGCAUUUCCCACAUGUUUUUCUGAAUAUGUGAUCAUGAACCACUUUUGCUAGCCUCCCCUGUCUAGGAACAGGAGCUGCUUUAUGCAUCGUCUUCUUUAGAGUCUCAUGUGACAGGUGACAUUUAAUUUAUCAUAUUUAUACACUGUUUCAUGUUCUCAAAAACCCAUGUCAUAGCUAAGAAAGGUAAGAUGUCUAUCAAUUUAACGCUGGAGUCAGCAUUCCAGAGAGCCUGGGAGGAUUGAUACCUGCUGUUAAAUUGACAUCAUUCCAAGGUGCCACUGAGAUGGACUGAGAGAAGCAACCUUCACAUUUUUGGCCCCGUUGUUUUUUCCCCAGUAACGUGCUAAAAAAGUAUGGUGAGCCUUCUGUAUCUAUUACCCCUUUGACCAUUUCAUUCUUGUACUAUUCUAUAAGAUGCUGGGAAUCCAGUUAAGGGGUAAUUGCAGGUAAAGCAUCCAGUUAAUAGAUUGCUGUUGCAAUGCUUCCUCCCUGCCCCAGCUCUCCCCCAGUAUUGGCCUUUCUGAACUCAGUGGGAACAUGCUUGACGUUUCUUAAAGUUUGUUACUGUGCUUUCAGACCUUCCUGUACUCUCUAUUCCAUAAUGUUUAGACUGAAUUCCAGCCCAGCGAGAAUGAAUCACCUACACGUGUAAUAAAUGUAAACUGCCAAAGGUUCCCCACUGCACAUUAUAGAGGACAGUCAUCUGUAAUGGGUCAGUGGCCUUCUGGUAUGCUUAAUAGUCCACUGCAGCAGCUUCAGGUGAAUAACACCCCUUGUUGCAGUUCCUAAGUCAGUGCUGGAGGCAGGUUUAGCAGGUUCUUCAUUAUUAAACGGAGUCGUAUCACACAUUGGAUCUCAAGAGCUCUCUCUGCUUGUGUGGCUUAGAAGAACUGCAACAUACUUUUGGAUAUUCUGCCUACUGGUAGUCUACAGCCUGAGUACCAUAACACUGAUAGGACAGAGAGCCUGUCUGUCUGAAAUGACAUAUUUUCCCCAUUGACUCCUUAGUUUCAUUGCCCUUCAAAGUUUUCAUGGCACUUUAGAAACUAAGCAUAAUAUAUUUAGGAAUCCAGCCCAUGUAGAAGAUGCUCGUAUACGCAGUAGAGCUCUGUUUCUCCCUGCAAAUGGAACAGAAAUUGCCUUAUGGAAAUGCAUAAAUAUUAGAUCUCUGAAAUUGUCCAUAUUUUUUUGUAUAUGUGUAUUAUAAAACAUGUAAAGCAAUGGGCUCUUUGGUUGGAAUGGGAAGGUCUGUUCAUGCCAUGUGUGUCCUCUGCAAAUACCCCAUCUCCCAAGCAAGGUUAAGUUGUAUCCCCGUGAGGAGAUAUAUGCCCAUACAGAUCUCCAAAGUCCUCCUAUUGCUGUGCCUGCAGCCUUGCACAGGCAGAUGGGGCAGUGGAAAGGAAAAGGAUUCUGUCAAACCUGUGGCAUUCCUGAGAAUUCAUUUGCUGUGUAUACAGUGGGCUGUUUACACCCAGAGUAUUUCACCUUGGACACUCAUAAUUUUCCUUGAACUUCUUCAGAUAUCACAUGUUAUAGUUGAUGAGCAGCAGUGUAUCAUUUUCAAUAAAAUAACUGAUAAGUAUUAAAUACAACAGGGCUAGGGAAAUAAAAUUGAUCUCACCGGA